AUGGGUGAAGUUGAUCCCAUAGUUGGGGGUCUCUCACGGUUCGGGGAGACCAAGGUCAUCUUUUUCGAUGUGUUCGGGACAGUUGUUGACUGGCGCUCAUCCGUAACCGACGAGCUCAUCAGCAGAGGGCAGGCAAAGGCCAACUCUCUAGGAUCCUCUACGCAAAUAUCGCAUCAGCGUCUGAGAGGCUUGACCCAUAGAGACUGGGCCAAGUUCGCCCAGAAAUGGAGAGACAGUUACGGUAAAUUCACCAAGUCGUUUGUCCCCGAAGAGUCCGAACCGAAAGACAUCGAUACCCAUCACCUCGACAGUUUGAUCGAGCUUCUCGGGGAUUGGGAAAUCCAGGACGCCUUCAACGAUGAGGAGGUCAAGGAUUUAAGUUUGGUCUGGCAUCGUCUCGUGCCAUGGUCUGACUCCUCGGAGGGAUUAGCACUCCUCAACACUAAAUACGAGACUUCCACGCUAUCCAACAGCAACAUAGAGUUGCUGCAGGAUCUCAAGGAUUUUGGCAAUCUACCGUUUCAGCAUCUGGUGUCAUCGUGGAUGUUCAAGGUAUAUAAACCACAUCCUUCAGUCUAUCUGGGCGCGGCAGAGAAGAUAGGUUACCAGCCUAAGGAAUGCGCUCUAGUGGCUUCCCACCUUGGGGAUCUCCGGGCAGCAAAGAAUCAAGGGUUCCGCACCAUCUAUGUGGUGAGACCGCAAGAGGAAGCUUUCCCAUUAGACGCUAUCGAGGAGGCGAGACAAUGGGUGGAUAUGUGGGUGGACGAGGGUGAAGGGGGGUUCGAAGAAGUGGCCAGGAGAUUGGGCGUUGCAGAAAAAGCAUAA